UUUAUAUAACUUUCACUUUCGAUCUUGAAGAUGAACUCUCUACGUUAUUCUUCAAAGUGUUUUACUUUAUUGAAUCAUGGCAAUGCCAGAAAGUAUGGUAUUCUUGGGAAUUUUUUCAAUAGGUUUAACAAAAAAGAAUCAGACGACAAGUUCUUAGUUGGUGAAGAUCCACACGGAAAUACUUAUUAUGAGAAACCGCCAUCGCCAGAAGCCUCUCGUCAAGUACCCAAACGUUGGAUUAAGUACAAUGAUGCCAUGUCAAAAAAAUAUACGGAAGAAAAUCGACAUUUCCUUUUUACCGAUGCACCUAUUCCCGUAGAAUGGAAAGCAUGGCUUCAGUUGAAAAGGAAAUCGGCGCCGACUCUUGAAGAGGUAAUUCGGAAUGAAGCAAUUAAACUGCGCACCAUACAGCGGGCUAAAGAAUUAGAAGAUAAGGAAAAAGAGGAGAAAUUACUCCAGACCCAAGCUGGUGAACUAGCUUCAUCAGAUCCACCUUCAAAAGAGCCGGAUUUCCCAGUAUAUCCAGGUUUUUCUACCUUAAAGGAAUAUAGACAGGAAUAUGAAGAACUAAAACCUGAUAGUGAACAGAAAAAGAAAUAAUAUUUAAUAAAUCUGAUUGUGCCAGAAAUUUAUCCUGUUUAUGUUUAAAAUGAUCAAAUUAAAUAUCAUCCAAAAUGAG